AUGAGUAAUUUGGAGACCUCGAUGGUUCUGAUCAUGGAUGUCUUUGACCAAUAUGCCUGUGCAGAAGGCAAAAAGGACACUUUAACCAAGGAGGAGUUUAGAAAACUGAUGGAAAAAGAGUUGCCUGGGAUCCUUCAGAGUGGAAAAGGAAAAGAUGAUUGUGAUAAGCUUCUAAAGGAUUUGGAUGCAAAUGGCGACAGUGAAAUUGAUUUUAAAGAAUUUGUCACCCUUGUUGCUACAUUCACCUUCGUGGCGCAUGAGAGAUUUCAGAAAGUCGCCAAGAAAUAA